GAAGUCUAUAUAGUGGAAGGAUUGAGAACUCCGAUUGCUAAUUUUUGUUCAUCUUUUAAAACGUUGUCACCGAUUAACUUAGUCGUACCGGUUUUGAAUGCUGCUUUUGAAAGAACAAGGUUUCCUAAGGAAUCGCAAUGUGUUACUGUUAAUAAAGUUUGUUCAUCGGGUAUGAAAGCAAUUAUUAUGGGUGUUCAAGCGAUACAGCUUGGUUAUCGUAAUAUCGUUGUUGCUGGUGGUACAGAAUCGAUGAGCACAACUCCAUUUUAUUUGCCUCGUGAGAUUCCAUUUGGCGGAACGAAGAUCGCGGAUGGUAUUCAACGUGAUGGUCUUUUCGAUUCAAUGGUUGAUCGUCCAAUGGGUUAUUGCGCUGAGAAAAGUGUUAAAGAUUUCGGUAUAUCUCGUGAUGAGCAAGAUUCAUAUGCUAUUGAAAGUUAUCAAAAAGCUCAAAAGGCUUGGAAGGACGGGUUAUUUAAAAAUGAAAUAGUUUCUAUUUCCAUUUCUCAAAAGGGUCAUUCAGUUGACAUACACGAAGAUGAAGAAUACAAUAGGUUAAAUAUUACAAAGGUUCCCUUACUAAAGCCGGUUUUUGUUGAAAAUGGAACAAUAACAGCAGCUAAUGCUAGUAGCCUUAGUGAUGGUGCUGCAAUUCUUAUAAUGGCAAAUGGCCAAGCAUUAAUUGAUUAUGUUAAACCGAUUGCUCAAAUUUUAAGUUAUGCUGAAGCAGGAGUUGAUCCAGUCGAUUUUAGUAUUGCACCAGCUAUCGCUGUUGAAAAGAUGCUGUCUAAGACUGGAAUCGCAAUAGAUCAAAUUUCUUUAUGGGAGAUCAAUGAAGCAUUUGCGAUGACUGCACUUGUCUUCAUCAAACAAUUGAAUUUAAAUAAAGAUCGUGUCAAUAUUCGUGGGGGAGCUGUUGCGCUCGGUCAUCCUAUCGGAGCCUCUGGAGCGCGUAUAGUCGUUACAUUAGUUCAUGCUCUUAGUUCCGGCGAACUUGGCGUUGCAGCAAUUUGUAAUGGAGGUGGUGAAGCUUCAGCUCUUCUCAUUAAAAAAUUAUGA